AUGUUUACGGCUGGACGUUAUGAAUUUACCAAUAAAGGUGGUGAUAUAUUCAUUGAAUCAUUGGCCAGGUUAAAUCAUUACCUGAAAACAACUAUUGAUCCACGUUAUCGUGAUGUUACCGUUGUAGCUUUUAUCAUUUAUCCUGCUGCGGCAAAUUCAUUCAAUGUUGAAUCACUAAAAGGUCAAGCGGUAACGAAACAAUUACGAGAUUCGAUUGAUGAAAUCAAAGAAAGCUUUGCUAUAAGAAUGUUUGAAUCUUGCCUUAAAGGACAUAUUCUGAAUAAGGAUGAAUUAUUACUACCAGCGGAACGGAUUCAG